UUUUGAUGCACUGCGGCGCAUGCAUUAGCUAAAUUGUUUGUUUAUUUUUAAGAAUAAUGUGCACGAGUGCAGAAUUUGAUAAUCGUCUUAUUGAGCUGGUGCGCGCCAAUCCCAGUCUGUACGAACGCGAACUGCGGAAAACACCGUACGACGCGCACAAGAAAAAGAAAACGGAACUCUGGUGCAGCAUUGCAACCUCCCUUGAAACGGACGUGAGUACUUGUAUAACACGCUGGAAUUUCUUACGUGAGCGUCUACGCCGAGAGUUGCUUAAGGAACACUCGGAUUGGAGCUUGUUGCCAAAACUGCGAUUCCUUGGACACCACAAGCACUCCGGCAGCAGCGCCCAUCACCAUAAUGAGCACGAGCUGCCGCAGGCUAUGCCCACAUCGGCGCUCAUAAACGUAAAUUGGCGUGCACUCAGCACCGACCAGCUCAUCGAACAGGAUGAGGACGAUGCGCUGCAGGAGGCCAUGGACGAGCAGCAUGUGGCUGCAGUUGUUGUGCCACCGCCAGUCCCACCACCAGCAGCAGCGCCUGCAGCUAUUGCCGCGCCAACGGGCGACGACACGAUGAAACGCAUCGAGGCACUGCUUCAGGGUUUGGGCGCAAAUCGCACCAAGGCAGAGAAGAAAGUUCUGGCCUAUUUGUGCAAAUGCAAUCUGCGAGCGCUCAACGAUGAGCAAAUCGAUGAUAUAUUCAUUUAAAUCACAACGCACUGAUUAGUCCCAAAUUGUAGAGUAUGUCGUUUAGUUGUUGUACGUGAAAAUCGAAGACGAGACUGAAGCAAAAACAACUUCAACUAUGACGCAGUUGGUUGAAGCGUUUCGUCUCGCUGUUGGUCAAAGAGUGCGCGCGCAAGCAAUAACAUGUCCAAUAACCAUGUCUGGCUGCUUUGGGUGGGGUGG